AUGGAAGGGCGCAAGAGAGUCAUCGUUGUCGAUUGUAAAGGCCACGUCUUGGGUCGUGUAGCCUCCACAGUAGCAAAGCAAUUGUUAUUGGGCCGCCGCAUAGUCUUAGUUCGUUGCGAGCAGCUUGAAGUCUGCGGCACUCUUCGUAUGAGAUUAGUCAAAUGGGAAAUGUACAGAAGAAAGAGAGUUAACACCAACCCAUUGAGAGGACCAUAUCAUCAACGCUCACCGUCUAAGAUGGUCUACAAGGCGAUCAGAGGAAUGCUCCCAAAACACAACUUCAGAGGAAAGUCUGCUCUUUCCCACGUGAAAUGUUUCGAAGGAUGCCCCGCUCCAUAUGACAAGAUGAAGAAGUCCUCAAUCCCUGAAGCUGCUGUUAUCUACAACUACAACCCUACUAGAAAGAGAACCCUCCUCGGCACUCUCGGAACCGCCAUCGGAUGGAAAUACGCCGACGUCGUCAAGAGAGACGAAGAAAUCAGAAAGGCUAAAGGCAAAAAGUACUACGAAGCCAAAGUUAAGAAAGCCACAACUUUCAAGGAAGCUAGAGAUAAAGUGUUGGCCGACAAGAAGUACGAAGAAAAGGUCAAAAUCCUCAAGCAAUUCGGUUACGCCUAA